AUGGAGUGCUGGAAGCUGGUGGCUGCGCGCGUCAUGUCGAUGCCAGACGGCGACGAUGCGUCGGGCACGCUGAGGAAGUUUGACGUGAGGCACAAGGCAGAUUGCGCCAAGGCACGCGCUUUUCUCAACCUCAUGUUCACCUGCCGCGAGCUGUACCAUGACCUGCCCUGGGCCGUACCCAAAUGGUACCUUGCGAAAGUGAUCGCACAGGCCGUCAGCAACAAGAAGCCCAGGUACAUGACUGCGGAGCGCCCAAGCCACUUUGGCGCACAGGGCUCCGUGCCCGCAUAUUCCAACUUGGGAUUUGACGACGACCCUUACCCCACCGUGUUAGAUUGGCUCGACACCUUCCAAGCCGCGCUCCUCCCACCGCUGCGGGUGCGAAGAACCCCUGAUGACACCACCAGCGAGGACAGUGGCGGCAGUGGCGAUAGUGACAGCAUCACGGUGUGGAUGGAGAACCGCUUCCUUGCCUACUCCCGGCUCGGCGUGACCUGGGCCAGCACCCUCCCCUUUUUGCAAGCGCGGCUGAAAAGCAUUCGACCCUCGACCGACGACUUUUGGCAGCACAUGGGCUGCUGCAGUGAGCGCAGGACGUGCAGGGCAGCGACAGGAGAGGGGUGGGAGGAAGGCGCAGAGGCGCAGGAGGAGGCAGAGGAAGGAAGGCGCAGAGGAAGGAGGAAGAGAAGCAGCAGCAACAACAACAACAACAACAACAACAACAAAGUGGAAGAGGAGACGCAGCAACAACAACAACAACAACAACAACAACAACAACAACAACAACAACAACAACAACAACAACAACAGCCACACCCCGGUCUGUUUUAUGCCACGGUUGAGUUCAACAGCCAAGCAGAUGUGGACCGCUUCAACGAGCUGCGUUCCACAGCGUUGGGUGGUGCGCGUGCAGAGAAAUUGGACGUCACAACCACAGCACCGCUGGCCUCCCUGACUGUGUGCAACGCAAACACGCUUGUCUUGCAGUACAUGCGCCAUAAGGUGGAAAGCGUCACUUUUCGCGACAUUGGGCAUAUCCGAUGGCUCCAUAUAUCGCCCGAGCAAACUACCCUCCAAGGCGAAGUGUCCAACGUCGGCGGCAUCAACUUUUAUCACGGCAUCGAGCGCAAUGGCUUUGCACUGUUCGCCGGCUUGCACUGCAUGAGGAUUUCAGACCAACACGCGGACCUGACACCGCUUGCUGGCAUCCGCACGCUGGUACUUGACCGUGCGACUUUGGACGACCAGUCUGUGCUUGCAGAUGUGGAGGAGCUUCAUAUGCACCAAGCGCCACUGGAGAUUGACACGCUCAACACCAAGCGCAUUACGCUGACGCGCGAGAUGCCGGCUCGCGUUCAUCUUCCCAACGCCACCCACUUCUGGCUGACGCAGGGAGCCUGGAACAUGGAUGUGGAGUUUGUGCUUCCACCACACCUCGACACGAUCGCGAUUGAAAGCAGGGACCCAAAGAUUCCACAGUUUGAGCGCGCGCGAGUGCUGGAUCUCGACUGCAAUGAAGAGGUCGACCUGUCUGGCGUGGCACACCGCAUCGACAAGCUGGUAAUUCGCAACGCACGCAUGCUGCACACCGGUGCCGGCGACCCCUUGGGCGACCUGCUGCAUAUGCCAGACAACGUGCACGUGUGCUUGGACGACGUCCGCACCCCUCUGACCGGGAACGUGCUGCCGCCAUGCGUGAAGGAGCUGUCUGCAAAUGGCCGCACAAUUCUUCGCAGGUGCGAAACCGGCGCGAUUCCGCGUGACGCCCUUCGUUUCGAACGCGCUUCCGGCACGUGCUUGGCCAACGUCCCGCUGCUUUCCCUCAUCCACCAUCGCCUGCGCGACGUGGAUGCCCUGCGUGGGCGGAGGCAGCUUCGCAUGUGGGGCGUGACGCUUGAUGGCGAGAUCAGCGACUGCAACCACGUGUCGCUUAUAGCUUGUGAGGGCACUGCUGUCUUGAGUGGAAUCACAUGGCUGUGGCUGGAGCAGGCCACCGUCAUUGCCAGAAAGCCAAAGUUUCGCUUUGAGAAGGUGAGGGUGUUUCCGCUACAUGUCCAGCACAUACAACGCGUGUCCACGUGUCGACUCCACUACUGCAGCAUCGUGGAAUUCUCCUGCUUCCGCAACGUCCAGUGCCUCAUACUGAGUUGUUGUGCGUUUGAUGACCUGAGCGCGCUGACGUCGGUUAGCUGCCUGGUGGUGCGCGACUGCAUCAGUCUUGACCGGAUGUGGUCGUGGCCGGAUGUGGUGCUGGUGAACCGAGCACCAGAAGAAAUGAUGGCCGUGCUGAGGAAGGGGAUGAAAAAGGAGGAGCGUAGGGUGUUUUGGUGAGCGAGGGCGAGAGAGAGAGAGAGAUCUUGUGUGUGUGUGUGUGUGUGUGUGUGUGUUUGUGUGUGU